AAAAUGGCCGCAAAUAGCAAUUCAUUUUUCAACAACUCAAAUAUAACCAACACUACUAAUUCUGAACGAAUCCAGAAACUCUCAGAGAGGCUCCAGAACAUCCAGAGUUCAAUAGAGACUGAUAAAGGAAGCACAAACAAGAACCUCAAUGAUGAACUGGCUAUAUUUGAGAAAUUCAAGAAGAACUGAGAAAGAUCCCAAUCCCAACUCACUAUGCUCAAAAAUCACUUAAGCAAUAUUGAAAAAGCAGUUGAUGCUGAAAAGCAACAUAGAGAAGAAGUCAUACAGGAAAAGUUGAAGGAAAGACAAGCCCUUGAGAACAAAAUCACAGCUAUGAUAGAAGAACACUCACGCAUCAGGAAGGAAAGUGAGGAUAAAACUAUUCAGGAAAUCGAACAAAAAGCAGAUGAGAUUCAAGAGGACUUACUUAGAGAAAGGAACAUUAGAAACCAGAACUUAGAUAGGAUCAAAGACUAUCAAGAGAACUCUUAGAU